UUCAUCAAACUUCACUUUAUAUUAAUAUAGAUUUACACAAAAUUUUACUACUAUGAAACGAUUUACAAAAGGGAAUCUGAUGCCAGCGAUGAAGUAAAAGAAUGAAAGCUGUGAUGUAAAAAGCUGGCAUUUGUUGUUUAAAACCCCUUCUCUCUCUCUGCUUCAUUUCCCUCAGAUUUUCAGUUCCAACCUCUGCAUUUGAGGGUAAAUCCUCAUCAAAAUGUGACUAUAUUUUCACUCGUAUAUAAAACGAAUCCAAGGACGGAGCAAAAUCAUCACGUCACCGUUAAUUCUUCCAAUCCACCAAUGGCGGUAGCAAUUCCAUCUCCCUCCGCCGCCGAGAAGAAACACUGGUGGCUCACUAAUCGAAAGAUGGUGGAGAGAUACCUGAGGGAAGCGAGGAUGUUGAUCGCGACGAAGGAGCAGAGCGAGAUCGCUGCGGCGCUCCGCCUCCUCGAUGCGGCGCUGGCGAUGGCGCCGAGCAUGGAGGUGGCGCUCGAAAUGAAGGCGCGGAGCUUGCUCUACCUCCGCCGGUUUAAGGAGGUGGUGGACAUGCUUCACGACUACAUUCCGAGUCUGAAAAUAGAUAUCCCCGACGACGCGUCGACUACCGGUUCAUCCAAUAGCUCUUCGGCUCACCUCUCUAGGGAGGGAGCCUCGCUCCUUUCCUCCGGCGGCGGAUCCGAGCCGGCGUGUACAUGCUUCUCUGUCUCCGAUUUGAAGAAGAAAGUUAUUUCCGGUUUGUUUAAGAAUGUCGAGGAAGCUGGCCAAUGGAGGUACUCGGUGUUAGGUCAAGCGUGCUGCCACCUAGGUUUAAUGGAGGAUGCAUUGGUGCUCCUCCAAACCGGAAAACGCCUCGCAACCGCCGCAUUCCGCCGCCGGAGCAAUUCUCUCACCGACGACAUCUUCUCUUCCAUCAAUCAUUCCUUAUCCGGCGAGAAUCACGAGCCGAAAAGGCCUCCGAAGACCGAAUUCGAGAUCAUCUCGCGCCUCCUCUGCCACACCAAGCUCCUCAUCCGCCGCAAAACGGCCGCGGUAGCCGCACUCGACGCCGGACUCUACGCCGAAGCCGUCAGGCACUUCGCGAAGAUCCUCGACGGCCGCCGCGGCGCGCCGCAGGGGUUCCUGGCGGAGUGCUACGUCCACCGCGCCUCCGCCUUCAGAUCCGCCGGCCGAAUCGCAGAGGCAAUCGGCGACUGCAACAGAGCCCUAGCGCUGGACACAUCCUGCAUCAACGCGCUCGCCAUCCGAGCUACAUUGUUCGAAUCGAUCAGGUGCUUCCACGAUUGCCUCCACGAUCUCGAGCAUUUAAAAUUACUCUACAAUUCGAUUCAGCGCGACCGGAAAAAUCCAGGGCCUGUUUGGAAGCGGCAGAAGGUCCAAUACCGGGAAAUUCCGGGCAAAUUGUGCUCGGUGGCUGCGAAAAUCCAGCAGCUGAAGCAGCGUCUCGCCUCAGGUGAAACCGGAGACAUAGACUAUCACGCGCUGAUCGGGUUGAGGCGAGGUUGCUCUAGGUCGGAACUGGAAAGAGCUCAUUUGCUGCUGAUGCUGAGACACAAGCCCGAUCAAUCGUGGAAUUUCAUGCACAAAUGCGAAUUCGCGGAUGAGAAGGAUGUCGAUUCGGUGAGGGAUGGCGCGAAAAUGUCGGCGUUGGUGUUGCACAGAAUGAUUCAGAGGGGUUAUUCUAGUUUAAUGGCGGCGAUUUUGGAGGAUGAGGCGGUGGAGAAGCAACGAAAAAACGCGACGGAAGGGAAUACGGCUGCAGCAUCGUUUCAAGGAGUGUUUUGUCGGGAUGUCGGGAAUUCGCUUUCUCACACGCGGUUCAAUCAUCCGAUCCCAGUAAAAUACGAGGCGCUCAGUUGUUAAUUAAUACGCUCAAGAUAUUCGGUUACUCAAGAUUAAAUUUGACACGAGAUUAAUCGACAUUGGAGUUGGUGGAAAUUAAGGAGAAGGCCAAAUUCCGUGACCUAUGACUAAUCUUAUCUUGAUAGUAGAUAUUGGGACGAAUAAUUCAAUCGAACAAUAUUGAUAAGAUACAUCCAUGUCUAAUCUACCAACACGGACUUAUGAAUGAUGAUAUGCAAGUUAGUCCUUUUAAAACGGAACAAAGGGAUGGGAGAUACCUGCACAAAAUGUUAAAGACUUUAGCAUAGGGGACUAUUUUUCUA